GGUCUACUUGAAUUUUCGCUGUCGCUGGCCUGACUGCUGCUAGACCCCCGAUGUCUGGUUGUCCUGGAUCCUGAAGACGAUGCUCCGUGUCCAGUGCCCGAGUGUCGGGGGCUGUCAGACUGUCCUUCGCUGUCGCUGGCCUGACUGCUGCUGGACCCCCGAUGUCUGGUUGUCCUGGAUCCUGAAGACGAUGCUCCGUGUCCAGUGCCCGAGUGUCGGGGGCUGUCAGACUGUCCUUCGCUGUCGCUGGCCUGACUGCUGCUGGACCCCCGAUGUCUGGUUGUCCUGGAUCCUGAAGACGAUGCUCCGUGUCCAGUGCCCGAGUGUCGGGGGCUGUCAGACUGUCCUUCGCUGUCGCUGGCCUGACUGCUGCUGGACCCCCGAUGUCUGGUUGUCCUGGAUCCUGAAGACGAUGCUCCGUGUCCAGUGCCCGAGUGUCGGGGGCUGUCAGACUGUCCUUCGCUGUCGCUGGCCUGACUGCUGCUGGACCCCCGAUGUCUGGUUGUCCUGGAUCCUGAAGACGAUGCUCCGUGUCCAGUGCCCGAGUGUCGGGGGCUGUCAGACUGUCCUUCGCUGUCGCUGGCCUGACUGCUGCUGGACCCCCGAUGUCUGGUUGUCCUGGAUCCUGAAGACGAUGCUCCGUGUCCAGUGCCCGAGUGUCGGGGGCUGUCAGACUGUCCUUCGCUGUCGCUGGCCUGACUGCUGCUGGACCCCCGAUGUCUGGUUGUCCUGGAUCCUGAAGACGAUGCUCCGUGUCCAGUGCCCGAGUGUCGGGGGCUGUCAGACUGUCCUUCGCUGUCGCUGGCCUGACUGCUGCUGGACCCCCGAUGUCUGGUUGUCCUGGAUCCUGAAGACGAUGCUCCGUGUCCAGUGCCCGAGUGUCGGGGGCUGUCAGACUGUCCUUCGCUGUCGCUGGCCUGACUGCUGCUGGACCCCCGAUGUCUGGUUGUCCUGGAUCCUGAAGACGAUGCUCCGUGUCCAGUGCCCGAGUGUCGGGGGCUGUCAGACUGUCCUUCGCUGUCGCUGGCCUGACUGCUGCUGGACCCCCGAUGUCUGGUUGUCCUGGAUCCUGAAGACGAUGCUCCGUGUCCAGUGCCCGAGUGUCGGGGGCUGUCAGACUGUCCUUCGCUGUCGCUGGCCUGACUGCUGCUGGACCCCCGAUGUCUGGUUGUCCUGGAUCCUGAAGACGAUGCUCCGUGUCCAGUGCCCGAGUGUCGGGGGCUGUCAGACUGUCCUUCGCUGUCGCUGGCCUGACUGCUGCUGGACCCCCGAUGUCUGGUUGUCCUGGAUCCUGAAGACGAUGCUCCGUGUCCAGUGCCCGAGUGUCGGGGGCUGUCAGACUGUCCUUCGCUGUCGCUGGCCUGACUGCUGCUGGACCCCCGAUGUCUGGUUGUCCUGGAUCCUGAAGACGAUGCUCCGUGUCCAGUGCCCGAGUGUCGGGGGCUGUCAGACUGUCCUUCGCUGUCGCUGGCCUGACUGCUGCUGGACCCCCGAUGUCUGGUUGUCCUGGAUCCUGAAGACGAUGCUCCGUGUCCAGUGCCCGAGUGUCGGGGGCUGUCAGACUGUCCUUCGCUGUCGCUGGCCUGACUGCUGCUGGACCCCCGAUGUCUGGUUGUCCUGGAUCCUGAAGACGAUGCUCCGUGUCCAGUGCCCGAGUGUCGGGGGCUGUCAGACUGUCCUUCGCUGUCGCUGGCCUGACUGCUGCUGGACCCCCGAUGUCUGGUUGUCCUGGAUCCUGAAGACGAUGCUCCGUGUCCAGUGCCCGAGUGUCGGGGGCUGUCAGGUGAGUGCUCAUGCGGGGAUUGUUGUCUUCCUCUUGAGCUCGAUCCUGACUGCCCAUGGGAUGAGGCGUGGUGUCCUCGAGAGGAUGUCUCUGCAUGAUGUGAGCCUGAUUGUCUAGAGAUGUCUGCAGACCGUCCAUGUGUAGAUCC